AUGACAGUUCUAAUGCUACCUGAGUUGCAGGUUGAUGAGCUUAAGGUUGCAAAGGCAACACCAAAGGAGAAGGCAUUAAACUUUGUGUGCGCAAUGUUCAAAAAUCCUCAAGCUGUUCUUCAGGAUUCAUGGCAUAUGAAGGUAGAAGAGAAGAAACGUCUUCAAGUAACCUUACAAUCUGCCUGCCAAUUGCAUGAAUAUGCUAAUGAACACUAUCAAAGUGUUGGUGUCAGUAAGUAUGCUCAGCUUUUGAAUGAGCAAUACGGGAUGAUGCACUUCAUAAUUUUAUUUUACCAUCAAUAG